GUGAAUAUGGUAAUUUGAUAGCCUAUUUAUCUUACAAUGACUUAUGAGCUUCUUCUUCUUCUUCUUACACGGCUGCUCUGCGACAGAAACCCAACCUAGGGACUCCUUUAAUUUUCUCUUCAAAGCGCUUGCAGAAGUAGAGAAUGGAGAAGAUCGGAAAGAGGUUUCAUGGGAAGGUGGCGAUCGUCACGGCUUCCACUCAGGGCAUCGGUUUCAGCAUCGCCCAGCGGCUUGGUUUGGAGGGUGCCUCCGUCGUCAUCUCCUCUCGCAGGCAGAGAAAUGUGAAUGAUGCAGUUGAAAAGCUUCAAGCUCAAGGAAUUGAAGUAUUGGGCAUCGUUUGCCAUGUAUCAAAUGCUCAACAAAGGAAAAAUCUCAUAGAUAGCACUAUUCAGAAAUAUGGGAAAAUAGAUGUAAUUGUUUCCAAUGCAGCUGCCAAUCCGUCUGUUGAUUCUAUUUUGGAAACCCAAGAAUCAGUCCUUGACAAGAUAUGGGAAAUUAAUGUCAAAGCUCCUAUACUUAUCCUAAAAGAUGCAGCUCCUCACCUGCAGAAGGGUUCAUCCAUUGUUUUUAUUUCCUCUAUUACUGCCUAUCAGCCAGAGACUUCCCUGGCCAUGUAUGGGGUUAGCAAAACUGCACUUCUUGGGCUUACUAAGGUCCUUGCUGCUGAAUUGGCCCCCAACACUCGAGUGAACUGUGUCGCCCCUGGUUUCGUACCCACCAAUUUUUCGGAAUUCCUCACCAAGAAUGAUGCUGUUAGGAGCUCCAUUGAGGAGCAAACUUUGCUUAACAGACUUGGAACAACAGAGGACAUGGCUGCUGCAACUGCAUUUCUGGCGUCUGAUGAUGCCUCCUACAUAACAGGAGAAACUUUAGUCGUGGCUGGAGGAAUCCCUUCUAGGCUUUAGUGCCCUGCUGUUUUACUUUGCUUCACCUCUUUUCCCUGCAUACUUCUAAUUUUCUUUUAUCCAUUCCAUGUGUGUUAUAUUUUAAUGUUUUCCUCAUGAAAAAGUGUUCCAAACUCUUCAUCUAUUGUGGGUUAAUGUAAAAGUCAGCUAUAAUAAAUUCACCAAAGGUCAAUAAGGGGUCA